AUGGCCACUCCAGAUCGGGAGGCGCUUUCACCUGAGAAUGCUCCGCAGUUAUCAUAUCUCAACAACGGAAGUGCCGCUCGCAACGAUCAGGCUAGCGCAUCGCCCUCGCAGACAUUCGGGACCUCCGAGCAGAGUCCGGUCAAUACACAGAAAGAUCCCAUACUAUCGCCAAUACAGUCCGACCUCCAUCCACCUGCUGCGCCAGUCGGUAACUUUGUCGGCCAAACACCCAUGGCCCAGUCCGUCCCUGCGCAACCCAAGCCUCGCAUUGUCGGCGGGUUUGAAGUUGAUGAUGACCCUGAGGAUGAGGAAGGCGCGCAAGACGAGAAGGAUGAUGCUGAUGUCUAUGACCCCUCUGUGGGCAUGGACUUCGAUGCCCCAACACCUGCUGAUGACUCUGCAAACCAAAUCUCCACCUCGCUUGAUAGAAGUUCCCAGUCACCAGAAAAAGAAAAUGGAAUCACUCCUGCUCCUGUCCAGGCCACUGGUAGUCCUGCUGACGCUGACCUUUCUUCUUCCACUCCUGCCCCAGGUGCCAGUACUGAACUGCAUGCUCCGCGCGCAGCAACUGCGACACCUUCUCACACUGUCCCUGAUCCUCCAGCUCAGCUUGCUCCACCCCAUCCUCAUGUGAACGGCCUUGUUGCUCCAGGCUUGCCCAAGUCUCGACUUGCUCAUGAUGUGGUUGGAAUCCUGGAAGAUCGCAUCAAAGAUGACCCUCGUGGUGAUAUUGAUGCCUAUCUUGAACUAAUCGACGAAUUCAAGAUUCGAAACAAACAAGAAGACGCCCGCCGAGUGUACGAGGAGUACUUGAAAGUCUUUCCCUUUGCUGCUGAUCAAUGGUGCGCCUAUGUGAAGUUUGAGGAGGAGCACGAUCGCAUGCGCCCUAUGGAGACUCUCUUCAAUCGAUCUCUUCUGGAAGUCCUUGAUGUUCCUCUCUGGUCCCUGUACAUCAAUUACAUCCGCCGACGAAAUAGCAUGCAGACGGGUGAUGUAGCCAGAUCGUAUGGCAUCAUCAACGACUCGUUUUCUUUCGCUCUCAAGACCAUCGGGAUGGACAAAGAGUCGGGCCCAUUAUGGCAGGACUAUAUCAACUUCCUGAAGACCGGGCCAGGGACUGUCGGUGGUACUGGUUGGCAAGAUGCAGCAAAGGUCGAUACUCUUCGCGCAGCCUAUCAAAAGGCAAUUGCUGUCCCCACGGCAGCAACAACAGCUCUCUGGAAAGAGUAUGAUGCAUUUGAGACAGGGCUGAGCAAGAUAAACGGUCGAAAAUACCUCCAGGAGAAAUCCCCUGUCUACAUGACUGCGAGGACUGCAUACACGCAACUGCAGAACUUGACGAGGGACCUCAAGCGAACCUCAAAACCACGUCUGCCACCAGCAGCCGGCUUUGAAGGUCAUGCCGAGUAUAUGCAGCAGGUCGGCCUGUGGAAGCAGUGGAUUGAAUGGGAGAAAGAAGACAACCUCGUCCUCAAGGAUGAAGAUCUUUCUCUGUACCGGAGUCGCAUUCUCUUCACAUAUAAGCAAGCCCUCAUGGCACUACAAUUUUGGCCAGAAAUGUGGUACGAUGCGGUUGAUUUCUGUUUGACCAACGGCCUUGAAACCGAUGGGAUGAAACUUCUCAACCACGGCAUUGCGGCCAACCCUGAAUCGCCUCUUCUAGCUUUCAAACUUGCAGACCGUAUUGAGGCGUCGACUCAAAACGAUGAAAGCGCUGACCCCGGCGCCAAAGAGCGGAUGAAGAAGAUUCGCGAACCGUACGACAGAUUACUCGAUGCGAUCUACGAAUUGAUCAAAAAGGUCUCCGCACGCGAAAAACAAGAUGUGCAGAGGAUAGAGCUUGCUGCCGCUAGCAACGCAGAAGGAGAUGGCAAUGGCGACGACGAUAUCAACGCCUCUAACGUCGCAGCCAAGAAAGCCGCCCUCGACAAUCAGAUCGCGGUGAUCAAGAAGGGGGCUCAAGCACAGACGGACGUUCUCAGCCGGAUGGUUUCACAUGCGUGGCUUGCAUUGAUGCGCUCGACGCGACGAGUCCAAGGCAAAGGACCUCCAGGCGAAAAAGGACCGCAAGGGUUUCGGCUUAUCUUUACUGAAGCACGCAAACGAGGUAAACUCACAAGCGACUUCUAUGUGGAAUCGGCACGCAUCGAAUGGCAAUGUUACCGAGAUCCUGCUGGCACAAAGAUACUUGAGCGCGGCAUGAAGCUGUUUCCCGAGGACGACUACCUGCCGCUUCAGUAUAUUCAACAUCUCUUCGAUAUUCAAGACGUUACGAAUGCACGAGCAGUCUUCGAGACGACUGUCAAACGACUCCUCGGCCACGAAGAUCCUGAACAAACUGCCAAAGCUAAACCGCUCUUUGCGUUCAUGCACAAUUAUGAAUCCAAGUACGGUGAAUUGGCCCAGGUUCAGGCCCUCGAAGAGAGGAUGAGGAAGCAUUUCCCAGAAGAUCCGACGCUCAAGCUCUUCUCCAGUCGAUACAGCACUCCCUUGUUCGACACCAUCCAUGUCCAUCCCAUCAUUUCUCCCCAACAGGUCCGGCCCCUGCAGUCGCACGUCCUCCCGUCCGUGGAAACGUCGACGGAAAUGGUGAAUUCUCCCAUCCAGAAAGUCAUUGACGCGAUUACAACACAUUCUCCUAAGCGACCAUUCCCCGACGACUUGGAUGAUAGCGGCGGGCCACGCAAGAUGGCGCGUGGCGAAUCUCCGCUGAAGGGAGCAGCCGGUCGCCGCAUGAAUCAGCAACAGCAGCAACGCCAGGUAAACGCGCCUGCUACGCUACCUUCGUUCCCUCCAGUUCCUCAGCCUUUGCCACCGGGGAUCGCCUAUAUCCUGAGCAUCCUGCCAAAGGCUUCGACCUACGUCGAAACUCGAUUUGACGCGGUCAAGAUGAUGGAGUUGAUCCGCGACAUUAAGCUACCUGCGCCAUCCGCUAUUUCGAGCCAAACCCUCCAACCGCCGCCCUCACAGCCGCAACCUGGCUGGCCGCCGUAUCCACCCAUGCCGCCGCAGGGCUUCUCGCCGCCACCAAACGUUACACAAGGUCAAUACGGAGCGGCACCCUUUCGAUACGCAUAA